AUGGGCAUCAUCCAGACCUUCCCCUUCACCCUCCCAGGCCGCUCCGCUCCAGCCUGCAGCAAGUCCGGGAACCUCCGAGAGGGGCUCCUCCAGCAGGAAGUUCGAAUCCGGAUCCGGCCGAGCCAGAGGAAGCCUCCAGGCGCAGAAGCAGUCUACCUCGAGGGCCCCAGCCGCCUCCUCUCUCCGCCCCCCAGCCUCUGCCGCGGCUUCCUGCAGCCGCCGCGGCGCUCCUUCUUCCCUCCCCUGCGCCUCCCUCCCGGCGGCGGGUGUUUCCUGUCCUGGGCUCUGGUGCUGCGCCUCCGCCUCGGCCUCUCGCCGCCGCCGCUGGCUGGCUGCCCGCCCAGCGCCGCGGCCUCCCCUCGACGGCCUCUCCGCCCCCCGCCCCUCCCGGGCGCAGCUGCCGCCCCGCUUCCAGUCCAGCGCAGCCAGCCAGCCGGCCGGCCUCUACCCGCCGCUCCUGCCCCGGCCAUGGGGAGGCGCCGCCGGCCCAGGGAGCCGCCCGCCCGGUUGCUGCUGCUGGCGCUGGCGCUGGCCUCGGGCUCGGCGCUGCUGCUCGCCUCGCUCAGCCUUCUGCUCGCCGCCUGGCCCCGCUCGGGCGCCCGCGCCGCCCUCCAGCAAGAAGCCGCCGCCGCCGCGACGCCACAGGAGUUGCUGUCUGAGGAUGAUGUCGAGGAAUUGGACCCGGUGGUGCUCUCUGCAGGCUGGAGCAGCCAAGGGAAACUCCUCCACCAUUUUGCCCAGCAGGGGGCGCUGCGGCAGCGAAGACACGCUACCAAGAGGAAGCCCCGCAGACCCAGCCCUGUAUCUGCGGCACACUACGAAGUGCAACCCGCAGAAGGACGAACUGGGAUCCAGGCAGAUACAAACGGGACCAUCCGCGGAUGGGCAGAAGCCAAACUCAACACGUCCAGCCCCCUUCGUUAUGACAGUGGCCGAGGGGAGUUCACGGUGGUCAAGAGGGGGCUUUAUUACCUGUACUGCCAGGUGCAUUUCAAUGAGAGGAACAUUGGCUACAUGAAGCUGGACGUGAUGUUAGACGGCCAACGGGCUUUGCGCUGCCUGGAGCAGUUCCCCACCACCAGCUCCAGCAACCGGGAGGCUGAGCUGAGGGUCUGCCAGGUGUCGGGACUGCUGAUGCUCAGGCCCGGAGAGUCCAUCCGGCUCCAGACCAUCGCGGAGGUCCAGCUCAAGGCCGACCGCUAUUUCACCUUCUUUGGCCUCUUCCAAGGGCCCCAGAUGUCCGCUCCAGCAGCAGGUGGCCCUCGGGCCCCGUCCCGAUGGAGGCAGGGGUCCCCUCCUCGGCAGUCCUCACUGGAGGCUGCCGUCUGGGUGGCGGGGGGCGCCCUGGGCGCAGGCUUCGUGGCCUGCCUCCUCCUGGCCCUCGCCGUCCAGUGCCGCCUGGGGAGUCUUCGCGAGGAGCUCGCCCAGCUGAGAGAAGAGCUGAAGAUGUCUAGGGCUCCCGCAGACCAGGGACCCUCCAAGCCUCACCAGAGGGCUGGUGAUCUUCUGGUGCCCAUUGCUUUAAGGGGGAAGCAUCCCAUGUACCUGGAAAGGAGGAAGAGGGACGUGAAGAAGACCCCAUGUGAAAGAUCGCAGAAACGCAGAAGACAAUCUGUCCUGCAUAUGGUCCCUGACCGCCAUUCCAAUAAUGAUGAGGGGGACGCCACAGAGAUCUGGUGGAAGCCCUCCCUCAGACAGGGCCAGGCUCUGGAGCCGAGUGGCCGGGACGUGCUGGUGAAACACACAGGGCUCUAUUUUGUUUACAGCCAGGUGCUGUUCCAUGAUCCUACCUUUACUAUGGGGCAGGUGGUACAACGGCAGGCCCCUGGGAAGCCGGGCCAGAUCCUAUUCCGCUGUGUCCAGAACAUGCCUGCAAAUCCAGACCAUGCCUACAAUAGCUGCUACAGCGGAGGGAUAUUCCACCUGCAACAGGGAGACCGCUUGAAUCUGUGCAUCCCACGCUUCAACGCUUCUUUUGAUACCAGCCCUCAUGGGACCUUCCUGGGAUUGCUCCGGCUAUAGGCGGUGCCUGCCAGGCCCCCUAGCCUCCUCACGCCGAAGGACUGAGAGAGGCCAGUGGUCUACUGCUGCGGGGUGGAGACGAUGAAGCCAGGAAUCGUAGGUGCUGUUCCAAGCAUCAUGGGAUACUCAAGUCUGCAGCCAGUAUGUUGCUAGGGACUGCAUACCUGCAGCAGCAAAUUGGCUAGAGCAUUUAGGCCAGAGCUGGGGGGCCCACAGGGGUCUUUCUGGCCCUCCAUUUUCCGACGACCUAAGUUCUUUACUUGUGUGUAGGGAGCCUCCUCCUGCUGUAAACUCAUUAACUGGGAUCUCACUAUUGUGAGAGCACAGUACAGUCACAACCGUUUUUGAAUCCUGCCGGAAUUGGGAAGCGACUGUCAUAGUUUUGCUAUACUGGCCUAGGCAGGCUGCCACCAGUUUUUAUCUCCCCAGGCAGUGGUUCCAGUUGAAAAGAUACACACGCUCUUUAGCUGCAGCCUUUUCCUAGCACAGAGAUGUGGUGGCGAGGAAGUGGGCAUCACUGAAUCUGCAGAGCUGUUCAAGGCUCAGACUAUUUCUCAUCAUGUGAAUGGGCCUCUGAAAGAAUAACUGAAUCUGCAGAACUGUUCAAGGUUUUUUCGGUCAGGGAAAAGAGAGGACGGCCCUGGAUAAUACCUCUGCUUCCCGGAAGCAAUGCACAAGGAUCCUUACAAGACUGUGUACAAAGUUGUGCUGUUACUGCCUCUCCGCCAUUCACAAUAUUGUUCUGUAUGCAAAAUCAGUGUUGACUAAAGGUGUGGAUGUCUCUUCCUAUGAAGGACACCUUCCUUUUUUCUUCCUUUUACAAAACUGGUAUACAAAUGCUUUAUGAUGCUUACUGUCUUUUGCCUCAAAGAAUGCAGUUUCCUAGCAAAUUAUGUCUAGUUUGUUGUUUAAACUCUAUUAUUAUUGUUAUUAAAAGUUUUAUUACAAGUUGCCUUGCACAAAGAUUUGUGGAAAAGGAGACUGCAUUUUAAGAUGAAACCAACAAAUGUUAGACUCAGAGGUCAGUCCAUCUUAUUUAUGUAUUAUUUAUUUUUCUAUGUAAACCGCUUUGAGAAUUUU